CGUAAGCACAGCGUUGAUGACAGAAAACUAGUUCCGCUUCACCAAUUUUUAGAGAGAGAGAGAGAGAAACUUAGUCUAGAGAGAGAGGCAGGGGAUGCUUCAGUUGCAUAGCUCGCGACCAUGGAUUUCGCCUCCAAUUCCAAGAUUCAACAAGAUAUCUUCUUGGAAGAGAAAAUCAAUGCCAUGCCCAUGUUGGUGGAUUCAAACUUCAGCUUUCCGAGCAUGUAAUCUGUUAAUGAACAAUGAAGGUAAAUGGGAGGCAAGUUCCCAAGGUACAAGGGAUAAGCUAGUUUCCCCUACUAAUUUGAAUGUUUUAGAGGAUCUGCAUGCUAAAUACUUGAAGAUGGACCUAAAUUAUAGUCCUCAGGAUUGUUUCAUGCAGCUGGAAAGGAAAUCGCUAAUAUUUCAAACGCAUGGUAGCCAAGUUACAGUCGUGAUAGCGUCAAUGUCCUCAUAUUUCUUCUUCAGAGGGAUGCAAUUAGGUUCCACCAAUACAGUGAUGAAUCUGGUCCAAAACUUACUAUAUUGUGUAAUUAGAACAUUUGCUUCUGCAAAUUUGCCUUUCGCAUGUAUGUCUAGUUCCUUGAAUAAACCCACCCCUCUUCAAUUGGAUGUAUCUUUGCCUUCAUUGCAAGAUAUUAGAUGGAGCUUUGCACGAUUACUUUAUCUAUUCAACAUGCAACUUGAGAGAAAUGUUGCCACGUUUUUUGUUGUGCUUCUUGUAGCUUGCUUCUCAUUUGUUAUCAUUGGUGGUUUCCUAUUCUUCAAGUUCAGGGGUGCGGGAUCUCUGGAGGAUUGCUUGUGGGAGGCGUGGGCAUGCCUGAUUUCAUCAUCUACUCAUUUGAGACAAAAAACACGGGUUGAACGUGUCAUUGGCUUUGUUCUUGCUAUGUGGGGUAUACUGUUUUACUCACGCCUAUUGAGCACGAUGACAGAACAGUUUAGAAAUAACAUGCAAAAACUCAGAGAAGGAGCACAAAUGCAAGUUCUGGAAACUGAUCAUAUCAUUAUUUGUGGAGUAAAUAGUCAUCUGUCCUUCAUAUUAAAGCAGCUAAAUAAGUAUCACGAGUUUUCCAUUCGCUUAGGUACCGCUACAACUAGGAGGCAGAAAAUUCUUAUUUUGUCUGAUCUUCCAAGGAAACAGAUGGACAAGGUAGCUGACAUUUUUGCAAAAGAUCUUAAUCAUAUUGACGUCCUUACAAAGAGUUGCAGCCUGAGCUUAACAAAGUCAUUUGAACGAGCUGCAGCCAAUAAGGCACGUGCCAUUAUUAUCUUGCCAACAAAGGGAGAUCGGUAUGAGGUUGAUACAGAUGCAUUUCUCUGUGUACUUGCUCUGCAGCCUCUUCCAAAAAUGGCAUCUGUGCCCACCAUCGUUGAGGUUUCAAACUGUAACACGUGUGCACUUUUAAAGUCAAUAUCAGGAUUGAAAGUAGAGCCUGUGGAAAAUGUUGCAUCAAAAUUAUUUGUUCAGUGCUCGCGGCAAAAGGGGCUCAUAAAAAUUUAUAGACACUUGCUUAAUUAUCGAAAAAAUGUAUUUAAUCUAUGCAGCUUUCCUAAUCUAGCAGGAACAAAAUAUAGGGAAUUAAGACGUGGAUUUCAAGAGGCAGUUGUUUGUGGACUUUAUCGAAAAGGAAAGAUAUACUUCCACCCAAAUGAUGAUGAUGUGCUAGAGCAAACUGACAAAGUGUUGUUUAUUUCACCUGUUCAUGGGAAGAGAAAACCACAGCUUGCAUAUUCAAACGUUGUCAGGGAAGAAGAGAAUACAUUUCAUAAUCUCCUAAACAGUGAAUCUCCUAAUCAUGCCCUGGAAAUUAUAAAAACACGGCUUAGAAAUAUAGUAAAACGACCCACAAAACCAGGUUCAAAGGCAUCAGACUGGAGUCAAGGACCAAAAGAACGCAUAUUAAUGCUUGGGUGGCGCCCGAAUGUUGUCGAAAUGAUUGAAGAAUAUGAUAAUUAUCUUGGACCUGGCAGUGUAUUGGAUCUGGUGUUGAAACGGACGAUUGGCAGUGGGUGUGAAGUGGACGGUUUAUACCUGUUGGAUGCUCCUUUGUCACCUCAAGCACAUUCAGCUUCAUUUUCUAAUAUUGUUUCAUCUAAUAAACCCCAGCUUAUGCGUUGGCACACGAGUUUAGGACAUAUUUCUUUCGGUUAUUUAAAACAUUUAUUUCCAUCCUUAUUUUGUAAUGUGGCAGUGUCAGAUUUAUCCUGUAGGACAUGUCAUAUGGUUAAACAUGUUCGUUCCAAUUAUCCUACUAGUGGUAAUAAAUCUGCUUUAACACCUUUUGAUCUUGUUCAUUCAGAUGUGUGGGGUCCUUGCCCAGUUACUUCUUGUCUUGAAUAUCGAUAUUUCGUGUUGUUCAUUGAUGAUCAUAGUCGUGUUACAUGGGUUUAUCUUAUGAAAACAAAAAACGAGGUAUACAACAUUUUUAAAAAUUUUAUGACAAUGGUUCAGACUCAAUAUGGUCGCAUCAUUAAAAAAUUCAGAUCUGACCAGCGUACAGAGUACACUUAUGGGGAGGUACAACGGUUAUGUAUAGAAUUUGGGAUUGAGCAUCAAAUGGCUAAUGUUAAAACUCCUCAACAGAGUGGUCGUUCUAAGUGAUAGAAUCGCCACAUCCUUGACUUAGCUAGAGCAAUCUGCAUUGGCAUGAAUGUUCCCCAUUCAUUUUGGGGAGAUGCAGUUCUUACAGCUGUUUACAUCAUUAAUAGGACUCCUCCUAGGGUUCUUAACUCUGCAGCCCCACUCUCAAUCUUACAUCCCAAUUCAUCUCUUUUUUUUAUUCCUCCGCGAGUCUUCUGGUGCGUGUGCUUUGUUCAGCAGUUGGGGCAGACUCAUACAAAGCUUGACCCCAAGGCUUUGAAGUGUGUUUUUGGGCUAUUCUCACUCUCAAAAGGUUAUAGGUGUUACUAUCUUCCUAGUCGUCGGCGAUUUAUAUCCAUGGAUGUUUCUUUCUUUGAGCAUACACCAUACUAUAGCGGUUCAGUUGGUUCUCAAAGUGAAUGGUUCCCAUUGAAUAUAAUGGAUGAUCACCUUCUUCUAUCUUCAACUCCUCUACUGUUACCUGUUUCGUCUUCUAUGAUUCCUCCUCAUGAUACCCCUCUAGCAGGGGGAAUUGUAUAGUCGAAGACAACAGAGACAAGCUUCUACUCCCACGAUCGACUGCCCUGUUCCUUCGGCACCAACUCUGCCUUCUCAAGCUAUUUUUUCGAUUGAUGAUCGCCCUAUUGCUCUUCAAAAGGGUAAACGUUCUUGUACGUACCCUAUUUCUAAUUUUGUUUCUGAUUAUGCUCUCUCACCCUCCUAUCGGAGUUUUCUUGUUUCUGUUGCCUCUGUUCCUGUUCCUUCUAGUGUUGCAGAUGCACUAGCGCAUCCUCAAUGGCGUGAUGCUAUGACAAAAGAACUACAAGCACUUAAGAAAAAUCAGACUUGGGAUAUGGUUUCGCUUCCUUUUGGACGAAAGGCUGUGGGUUGUCGUUGGGUGUUUACAGUUAAGUAUAAUCCAGAUGGGUCAGUUGCUCGUUACAAGGCCCGAUUGGUUGCCAAGGGUUAUGCUCAGACUUAUGGCAUAGAUUAUCAGGAGACUUUUGCCCCUGUUACCAAGAUGAAUACCAUCCGUGUAUUAUUUUUUGUUGCUGCGAUUCGAUCUUGGCCUAUAUUUCAGUUAGAUGUCAAGAAUGCCUUUCUCAAUGGUGAUUUGCAGGAGGAGGUGUACAUAGUUCCUCCUUCGGGCUUUCGUUCUCCUACUCAUUCUGGUAUGGUAUGUCGUUUUCGUCGUUCUCUGUAUAGCCUCAAGUAGUCUCCUCGAGCUUGGUCUGAUUGCUUCGGCACUGCCAUGCUCAAGUUUGGUUUCCAUCAAAGUGUAGCUGAUCAUACCUUGUUUUUACGUCAUUCAGGCGGUAAGACAGUUGCUCUUAUUGUGUAUGUCGAUGAUAUUGUUCUUACCAGCGAUGAUACUACCGGAAUUGAUGAGGUUAAGAGCUAUCUUGGCCAUCAGUUUGAGGUUAAGGAUCUUGGUCCCCUACGGUACUUUUUGGGCAUUGAGGUGGCUCGCUCUAAGGCUGGCAUUUUCAUCUCUCAACGCAAGUAUGUUCUUGACUUGCUUUCUGCUUCUGGUUAGCUUGGCGCUCGUCCUACUGAUACUCCGAUUGAAUAGAAUCAUUGGUUGGCUGAUUCUGAGGGGGACUUGUUGUCAGAUCUUGGUCAGUAUCAAUGACUUGUGGGGAAGCUCAUCUAUUUAUCCAUGACUUGACUUGACAUUGCUUAUGUUGUGAGUGUCGUGUGUCAAUUCAUGCACUCUCCUCGUGCCCCUCACCUUGAUGCAGCUAUUCGGUUCCUUCGCUACUUAAAAGGGUGUCCAGGCCAUGGUAUUUUGUUUGCCAAUCAUAGUCACUUACGUGUUGAGGCUUGGAUAGAUGCUGAUUAUGCAGGAUUAAUUUCAGAUAGGAGGUUAACUUCGGUUUAUUGUACCAUUAUUGGUGGUAACUUGGUUACUUGGUGCAGUAAGAAGCAGAAUGUUGUCUCUCGAUCUAGUGCAGAGGCAGAGUAUAGGGCUAUGACUCUUGGGGUAGGUGAGUUGCUAUGGUUGAAAACCUUGAUGACAGACUUGUGCCUUCCAGUGUCGCUUCCAUUCUCACUCUACUGCAACAAGUCUGCCAUUAGCAUAGCAGCAAAUCCCGUUCAGCAUGGCAGGACUAAGCAUAUAGAGGUGGACCGUCACUUCAUUCGAGAGAAGAUCAUCUCUGGUCAAAUUUGCACUCCAUUUGUGUAAUGUCCCACUCUACCACAUGGUAUGAUAUUGUCCGCUUUGGGCCUAAGCCCGCACGAUUUUGCGCUUUGGCUUUACUCCAAAAGGCUUCAUACCAAUUGGAGUGACACACCUACAUAUAAACACUUCACCUUUCCCUUUCCCAGGUGAUGUGGGAUUGUGCACCCGUAGCUCGUCAGUGUGGUAGCCUGUCAGUGUCUCACACCCGCUCACGGCACACCCGCCCACAGGGUCAUCACAAUCCACCCCCCUUGGAGGCCAGACGUCCCUGUCGGCACACUUCCGACUGGAUCAGGCUCUGAUACCAUUUGUAACGACCCACUCCACCACAUGGUAUGAUAUUAUCCGUUUUGGGCCUGAGUCGGCACGAUUUUGCUCUUGGGCUUUACCUCAAAAGGUCUCAUACCAAUUGGAGUGACACACCUACAUAUAAGCACUUCAUCUUUCCCUUUCCCAAGCGAUGUGGGAUUGUGCACCCGUAGCUCGCCAGUGUGGUAGCCUGUCAGUGUCUCGCACCCACUCACGACACACCCACCCACAAGGUCAUCACAGUUUGUCACAAGCUCUCAGCAGCUUGCAGACAUUCUUAUAAAGGGCGUCAGCAAGAUUGUGUUUGAGAAUGCAUUGUUCAAGUUGGGUGUUUCAGAUAUCCACACACCAAUUUGAGGGGAAGUGUUAGCACAUAUGAUACCACGAUUUAUGGAAUGACUUACCAUAAUAUCAGAGAUUUGACUAUGCAUAUGUUAGCAUAUAUGAUGGCCACGAUUUAUGAAAUGACUUACCAUAAUAGCAGAGAUUUGACUAUGCUAUAGAAUAUGCUUUACAAUAGGUUGUGAUUUGAUUUAGAUUUGAUUUAGUUUCCUUUCUUGUAAUAUGAGCAUGUGCUCUUUUUAUCUAUAAAUACUAGAGCUGUGAAUGAGUAAUUCAUCUCAUUCAAACCGUUACGCAACUCUCUCCUUUCUCAUCUUUUUAUAUUUCUACUUAAUGUUAUUUUACACCAACCAAUGCAAUAUUAAACAUGUAUAUUAUAACUCAUAUUUAGCUUCAAAAAACCUCCUCUUUUCAGCAAGUAACACGGAAAUGGCAUAAUAUACAUUUCUAAAGCAUGUUAAGACACAAAUGCACACAUAAAAAUAACUUGUGAACUAUGGGUUAAUUAAAUUAACACACCUCUACCUCAAAAGUCCAAGCCCUAAGUUCACCCAAAUCCCAAAAGCUCCAAAUCGAAGAUUUGAACUGGUGAAAAAGUGAAAAAAAAGAGAGGACAAACUUACCUUCUUGAGUCAUUCCAAAAUCUCACUUCUAAGGCUUUAAAUCUUAGAGAGAAGAUGGAGGUGAAUAGUGUAGAUGCAAGACAUGAAAAAGCAUGUAUAGAGAGAGAAAGAGAAGAUGGCAAAUGAAAGGUCUUCCUUCCUCCUCCUUUUUAUAGUCCUUGAAUUUCCUAAAUUAGAAACUUAACCACAUCUUUUGCUUAUUUGCUCCUUCCUCUUACCUACUUCAAGGAAAGUACCAUUUGGCACUCCCUUUUUUCAUUCUUCUCAUAUGAGUCCACUACUAAAUUCCAAGUCCAAUACUCGUCCCGGGCCUACACAGGCGAAUUAAAUGUACACCAAAAUAUAAAAAAUAAUAACCCUACACACUUGAAAUAAAAUUCUCAUAACAAACCAUUACUAAAUCCAUAAAUAAAUAAAUAAAAUCCAGGUCUUUGCAAAUGAAGUGCCAAUCACCUAAUCAAAAUAUCUCCUCAAACCAUAAACAAUCAAUGGUGUCUCCUCAGACCAUAAACAACCAACCAUGUCUUCUCAGACCAUAACCAACCAACCAUGUCUCCUCAGGCCGUUUCCCCUCGUACACAUGUUUAAAAUAUGUAGAUGAAAGAAGCAGCAAUGUCUCCUCAAACCAUAAACCAUCAAUGAUAUCUCCUCGAAGCAUUCCUGAAUGGGUGGUGCCAAAAUCGCAAUGCCCUCGUUGCGUCAGACCACCUUGCCUACCCAACACCUCUCGUGUAGGUGCUGUCUCCUCAGACCAUUCCUUGCCGAAUGAGUGAUUUAAGGGCUUAAAUCACUCCUAUAAUGAUAUUUUCCAAACAUGACAUCUUCCAUAAGAAGAAAAAAAAAAAAAAAAAAAAAAAAUGAAAGGGAAAA